CUACGACCAUCGAGUUAUUGACUGAUAAUUUAAAAUGGUUAACCCACUCAAGUUAAGUCUCGCGCCAUUCAUCAAAGGUAGCCUCAGAAAGACACUUGAACCAAUAGGAAAAGGCUAUUUAAACCUCGCUGGCUUUAGACAAGUCGGUUUAAGAUACGAUGAUUUGAUUCAAGAGGAGAACGAUGAAAUGCAAAAGGCACUCGCUCGUCUUUCACCAAGAGAAGAAUACGACAGAGCAUGGAGAUUGAGAAGAGCUAUUAACCAAUCUAUCCUUCAUAAAGAUUUACCAAAAGAGCAAUGGUCAGAGGAUGAAGCUUCAAAGCAACGCUACCUCACAGAUAGAAUAACAGAAGUCGCUAAUGAACACAAUGAGAGAGCUAUGUUUGAUAACCCAGAAUAUAAAAUUCAAACUUCACAUCAUUAAGUGUAGAAUUUAAUUCAUUUUUACUUUAUUUUAUCCACGCAUUAUGAUCAUCAUACCUCGUCUACUACCC